CGUUACUCAAAUUAGUAUUUUUAAAAGGAAAUAAUUUCACUCGAAAGACUGAACUAAUUAAAAACACAAUGAACUCAUUUAACUUAGGACCUGACUUAGAGGACAUACUCGAUCGAUUUGUUAAAUUUCAGAAGACAUAUAUUGCAUUAAAAACACAAAAUGCAACGCAAGAAAAAGUGAUUAAAAUACAACGAUCAGAAUUAGACAUGGCCCGAACUCGAGCCAAUGAUUUAUUAUCGACGUUUGAUAGCUACCAACAACGACAAAAGUUAUUGAAGACUGAAUUAGAUGGAAAGAAUCGUCUUAUUAAAUCUAUGAAUAAAACUUUAGAUGACAAAAAAUUCGAAUAUGUUCAUUCAAACACAGGUAUUCCCAACGAAUACCACAAUAGCCUGCCACAAAAUGUUAAUAACGAACAUGUAGAAAAAUUGGAAGAAGAAUUGGAACUCACACGAAUUGAAUUAGCCAUAAAAGAAGAGGAAUACAAGGACAAUAUGCUUUUGAAAGAUCAAAAACAUCAAGCGGAAAUUCGGGAAUACGAGAAAAAAUUAAAAAUGAUUAAUAUGAAGAUGCGUCAACUAACACAAGAGACUUCAGAGACAAAUUCAUCUAAUUCGCUGCAAGAUAAAAAAGAUAAUAAGAUUCGCAAAAGACAGAGGGGACAGUCUCAGUUUAGAUGGCCUGAGUUAACAGUCAAGACUGAACGACGUCAAUCGGAAGAAGCGAAAAAGACUGUGGAACAAAAAUGUCCUAGAAAGAAAAAAAAAUUAUACAAUUUGAACAAUGAAACUAUGGUAGAUAUUGCUAAGGGCCCAUAAAAGUCGUUUGUUUGCAGUUUCGUAAUUAUAUU